AUGGUCGCUUAUGGGCUUUCAUAUAUCGGCCAAGACAUUUACGGCCAUGAAGCCCAAAAGUAUAUCCCUCAAAUUGGAUUAGAUGUCCAUGCAACCGUUCUCUCCUUCAACUCCCGAACUGUCAUUACUCAAAAGUUCUUGAAUCCCUUAUCAACCCCCAUCACAGAGCUUUCAUAUGUCUUCCCUCUGUACGAUAGCAGCAGCAUCGUUGGCUUUACUUGCUCCGUCGGCAACACAGUGUUGCAAGGUCGAGUGAAGUCGAAGGAUGAUGCCAACAAGACAUACCAACAAGCAGUCGAUCAAGGGAAAAUCGCCGCUAUUCUCGAUCAGGCAAAUUACGCUUCUGACGUCUUCAAGACCCGCGUGGGAAAUGUGCCCGCUGGAGGAACAGUUGAUGUCAAGAUUACUCUUGUUUCUGAGUUGAAACAGGAUAUCCAAACGAAUGGACCAAGAUAUACUGUCCCAUGCUCAAUCGCACCCCGAUACGGUGGAAAUCAGGACAUCCAUACAUCCUCUACCAAUGUCGUCCUUAAAAAGACUUCAAUAAAAGUUGAUUUCAUCCUCGAGAAGAGUGUUGUCAUUCGUAGUAUCCAGUCGCCCAGUCACCCCAUCCAAGUCGAUGUUGGCCGCACAUCAACCAUGUCAGAAUCUACAUUCCAGCCUUGUUUUGCAUCUGCAAAGCUUCGCGAGAACCUUGCCAUCGAUUCAGAUUUCGUUCUGACCGUCAAAUCAUCCACAGCGGACACGCCUGUUGCUCUCCUCGAAACCCAUCCUACCAUUCCGAAUCAACAAGCACUGAUGGUUUCCUUGAUGCCAAAGUUCAAUCUUCCCCCACAUGCCCCAGAAAUCGUUUUUGUCAUCGACCAAAGUGGAAGUAUGUACGAUAAAAUACCCACUCUCAAGUCAGCUUUGGAGAUUUUCCUCAGAUCGCUGCCAGAGGGGGUGUACUUUAACCUCAUAUCCUUUGGAUACGAUCACUAUACCCUCUGGGAUCGGAGCCGAGAGUUAAACGAAGCAAGUCUCAACGAAGCACUCACAUACAUCCAGUCGGUCAAUUCCAACUUGGGUGGCACGGAUAUCCUUACUCCUCUCAAAGCGGCAGUGAGAAAGCGUGAUGUAACCAAAGACCUCGAACUAUUGCUUCUGACUGAUGGAGAAGUCGACAACCAGCGUGAAGUAUUCAAUUUCCUCGAUCAGGCCGUCAAGCGAAACAAUACCAGGGCUUUCGCGCUUGGUAUUGGAAACUGUGUCUCUCACUCCCUCAUUGAAGGUGUUGCGCGAGCUGGAAAUGGAUUCUCUCAGACUGUGCUUGAAACCGAGGAAUUGGAUAGCAAAGUCGUUCGCAUGUUGAAAGGCGCUUUGUUGCCUCGAAUCAAGGACGCUACCUUAGAAAUCGAGCUACAGCCCCUGGAUACCGAUUUCGAAACGCUUGAGCCACGCAAGGCGCCUCAGAAGCCUAUCUCACUGUUCGAUAGCGAGCUGAAAGAGCCCAGCCCCAUUACAUCAGUCAAGGAACCUCUUCCUGAGCUGACCAUCCCAAGAGUGCUCCAAGCCCCAACCCAAGUUCCUCGGCUGUUCCCACUCGUUCAAACAACAGUUUAUGUCCUUCUUGCUCCCAUUUCUGGUCCUCUGCUUGAGAAGAUCAUACUUCGAGCAACCAGCAAGCAUGGCCCACUUGAGUUGGAAAUUCCCAUUCAACACAUCGGCCAAGGUGAAACAAUUCACCAGCUAGCUGUGAAAAAAGCUACUCUGGAGCUUGAAGAAGGCAGAGGAUGGAUCAUGGAAGCCAAAGACUCCAAGGGGAAGCUCAUCAAGAAGAGAUAUGCGAGCCAACUCGAUGAACUCGCUCAACAGGAAUGUCAGCGACUGGGAAUCAUGUUCCAAGUGCCUGGAAAAUUCUGCUCAUUUGUCGCUGCGGAUGAGGCCGAUGCUUUGCGGGCCAUACCCAUUGUUACAAAAGCUGCCAGUGCCUAUCCUGCGGUGCAAUAUCAAGUAAGCCAGCUCAGACAGCUAAGUGCGAGGAUCGGUCCUUCCAAUAGUUAUAUUCAGCAAAGCCAGCCUUUUUUCGGUAGUGCUGCGAAAAGGAUGCGUGGCGGGGAUGCGCAAUUUAUGGGUACUCGCCUGGGUGAGAGCAGCCAGCGAAGUGGUCCAUAUUUACCCACAAGAUCUAGUAUCUCUCCCGGUCAUUCAAUGUUUUUAAAUUGCGCCAACAGCUCAGAUGAAGACUUGAAAGAAUCCUCAGGUGAAGAAGAGGUACAUUUUACACGAGCCCUCAUCCGUCUCCAACGAUUUGCUGGAUCCUGGAAACUGGAUAAAGAUUUCUUCGAGGCACUCAAACUUGACGAGAAGAGCACCUGUGCUAAGCUGGAGACAGAAUUCAAACAGCUUUACGGUGAGAGUGUCGCUCUGUCGGACCGCUUCGAUAUCAAGUGUAUCCUAGCAACCUCUCUCGCGGGAAUCUUCCUUGAGAGUAGAGCUGCUGAUUCAAAGAAUGUUUGGGAGUUGGUCAAGGCCAAGGCUGAUCGCUGGCUGGAGAGUUCUCUUGAGAAAUUGGGAGAAAAAGACCGUGAGAAGGUCGGCAAGAUGAUGGAUAGCUUAGUUUCGUUUUGCUAG